AUGGAGGAUUUCUCAGGAGUCGAAUUUAAAAUCCUCCAAAAAAUUGGGCAGGGAAGUUUUGGCAAGAUAUAUGUUGUCGAACAUCCAGUCACAAAACAGAAAUACGCGAUGAAAUUAGAAAGUUUCGACGUCCGAGUUCCACAAGUCUUAUAUGAAGGCCAAAUGUAUAACAUCCUGGCAGGUGGCCCUGGUAUUCCACAUAUUUAUUCAAUAAGUUCAAACGAAAAAGGAAAUUACAUUGUUAUCGACUUACUUGGCAAAUCUCUUGAGUCAUUAUUGAAUAUCUGUCAUCGCAAACCAUCAUUGAAGACAGUUCUUAUGCUUGCCGAUCAAAUGAUUGCUUCGAUUGAAUUUUUACAUUCAAAAGGUUUUAUUCAUCGCGAUAUUAAGCCGGAUAACUUCAUUAUUGGCUUAGGACGAAAUUCUAAUAGACUUUUCAUGAUUGAUUUCGGUCUUUCAAAAAGAUACAAAAAUCCAACUACAGGAGAACAUAUUCCAUACAGAGAAGGAUUGUCAUUAUCAGGCACAGCUAGGUACGCAUCAAUUCCUGCAUUAACAGGCGUUGAACAGUCGAGAAGAGAUGAUUUGGAAGGAUUAGCGUAUGUUUUGAUUUAUUUACUCAAAGGAAGUCUUCCAUGGCAAGGAAUAAACUGUACUGAUAAAUUUGAGAAGCAUUACAGGAUCGCAGGAGCAAAAAUUUCAGUUCAAUUAACAGAAUUAUGUUCAGGUCUUCCAGGUGAGUUCAGACACUUCUUAGAAUACGCGCGAGGUUUAGAUUUCUACGAAACACCAGAAUAUUCACGUUACAGAGACAUGUUUCGUCGAUUAUUUGAAUCUAAAGGUUAUAAAUACGAUUACAUCUACGAUUGGGACAUUGCAAAAGAAGACAAAUAUGAUGUAACCGUUGCCAGUUCAUGUUCAAGCUCAGGAGGAGCUCCUCCAAAGUUAUUUUACAAACGACACCAUUUUGCAGUUGAUUCUAUUGAUAGUCGUGCAGCAUAUACUCGUUUGGAUGACGAUGACCAACAAAACACCCCUGAUUUCGAUAAAAAAGAAAAUCAUCAUAAAAAUUAUCCAGAAAAUCUCAUGAAAGCUAUCGAAAAGUAUGGAUUGAAAGUAUCACCAAAGAAAUCAGCAAAAGAUAAUGCUGAAAAACCUAAAAAACAAUAUGAAAAAGAAAAUUUCAAAGAAGAAGCUAAAGAAGAAUCCAAAAAGCAUCGAACACAUCAUAAAAGUCAUCAGAAGUCAUCAAACAGUCGCUCAAAUCCAGAAAAAAUCAGUAGUAGCCAAAAUUCAAACUCGAAUUCGAAACCAAUUAAAGAAUCAUCCAGUAGCAACAGUAAAUCAUCGAAGAAGAAGUCCAGUGAUUACAAAGAUAAAGGAAAACCAUUAGUUCCUUCAUCAGAUCUCGAAAGAUUUUAUCAAAAACCUAAAAAAGAGAAAGGAUCAAUUGGGUCAAGACAUAAACCAAUAAUAGAACAUCAUGAGCCUCCGAAACCAUCCAGAAAAGCUAAGUAUGAUGAUGAUUUCGAACAUGAUGCAAUUUUGAAUGCAGUAAACUCAUUACAGAAGAUGAAAGAAGAAGGUUUCCUUGAUGAACCACCAGCUAAAGUCCCAGAACAGCUCAAGCUCCAAAGAAAUUCCUCAAAUAGAAAAUCACCUCAAAAAUUAAUUGACCAAGGACCUCGGGAGAUCACAAAUUCUGCUGAUUUGAGGAAGGCAAUAAGAGAAAACAUAAAACUCAGAAGAAAAGAAGAAAUAAUGAACUCAACACCUGUAAUUUCAUUGAAUUACAGGGAUGAUAAUGAUAAUGAUGAUACUAGAAGGCAUAGGCAUCAUUCUAGUAGACAUCAUAACUAA